CACGCCACGGGGGAGGCUCUGAGACGGGGUUCGGGCAUGGCAGCGGCACCACCUGCCAUCCCAGCCCCCUCGGGAGGCUGAGGCAGGGGGACUGCCAGUUCCAGGCCAGGGCCGGCGGCACAGAAACUUCCAGGCCUGCCUGAGCUGCCGAGAGCCUGUGCCUCCCUCGACCCAAGGGACUUCCGGCUUCCUCCCUCCUGCAAGAUGGCGACGCCCGAGGAGGAGGACGAGGACGAGGAGCUGCUGCUGCAGGAGCCCAGGCUCCCGGACCUGCUGGAAACGGGCAGGCAGCUUCUGGAGGAGGUGGAGGCCUCCACCCUACCCUCGGGCUCCAGGCUCAUCCAGAAUAAGGUGACGAGGGCCCUGGACCUCCUGGAGAAGGCCUCGGACAUGCUCUCCCAGCUCGACCUCUUCAGCCGCAACGAAGACUGGGAGGAGGUGGCUUCCGCCGACCUCAAGUACCUGAUGCUCCCGGCCCUGAGGGGCGCGCUCACCCUGAAGCUGGUGGGCGCCAGCCGUCGCCUGGACCACCUGCGGGAGGCUCGAGACCACUUCAUGAGCUUCCUGACCCAGAGCCACAACUACCAUGUGGCCGACUUCCAGCUGCCCUGGGACCAGAGCAGCUCCCUGGAAGGCCACGCCGACACCUCCACCGCCCCGGCUGCCCUCCUGGAACCCAGCCUGGUUGCCAUGGCGUCCCAGAGGCAGGCCAAGAUCCAGAGGUACAAGCAGACCAAGGCGGUGGAGCAGAAGCUGUCGGCCCUGAAGUCGGCGGUGGAGGGCGGCCAGGCCGACGACGAGCGCGUGCGGGAGUUUUACCUCCUUCAGCUCCGCAGGUGGGUUAACAUCGGCCUGGACGAGAUCGAGAGCAUCGACCAGGAGCUCGAGAUCCUGAGGCGAAGGGACUCCCUCAGCGAGGCCUCCUCCGCCGCCGCUGCCUCGCCCUUGGCUCACCAGGAGAGGCCCCCGAUGAAGCCCUUCGUCCUCGCUCGCAAUGUCGCCCAGGCGCAGGUCUUUGGGGCUGGGUACCCGAGUCUGGCGACCAUGACGGUGAACGACUGGUAUGAGCAGCACCAGAAAUGUGAGGUUUUGCCGUCGGGUCAGCAAGUCGAAAAGCAGGCACUGCUACCCGAGUCCCGCAGAGCGUUUCAGCCAGAAGAGCCGGAGCCGGGGCAAAAGGAAGAGGAGGAGGAAGAGGAGGAGGAGGACGCCCUCCACAGGCUGCAGCAGUGGGAUGACUGGAAGGACACCCAUCCUAGGGGCUAUGGCAACCGACAGAACAUGGGCUAACCGCCCCUCGCCGAGAAAGGACACUGGAUCGCUCACCUCCCCAAGCAAGGAUGACCCUGCUGUCUUUACCUUCUUUGGGUCCCUGCUCCAGAUGUGUGCAGCAAAGGCAAACAUACUGAAGCUUGCUUCGCAUUCAAUAAAGUACCACUAUCAAGUUU